GACGUCGGCGCGAACUUUCGCAGUCGGCCGGCGUGGCUCGCAGCAAUAGGAGGAUGAUCUGCGUGGCUCGUGCGGUCGCGAUGCCGCACGUUGAACUUUGAUUCGCUCGUGUGUCACCCAUCUCGUGAUCGUGAUCACGGUUGCGUUGGAAGGUGUCUCGUGCCUCGUGAGAAGAUCGCGCCUUGGAAAAAUCCGACGAUCGAACGGCUUGACAUCGUACGGCCCGCACCGCCGUGUCGAUGCGAAACACGCGCGCUUACGAUUGUGGCAGGAGCCAUGACAAGAAAUCGAUGAUCUGAUACAUCAAGUGCCUACGACAUUUCGCUUAAUAUCCUGUCCCGAAAGGACGAUUGGGUGGAUUCGAUUCGGGUGAAUCAUGUCGUCGUCGAGGCCCAGACGACCUAGCGUAUCGAUCUACGAUUAUCCGGAACAUCUGAAUCCGUUCAAGGAUGAUACGACAAAUUCUCAACCGCAGAUGCAUCACGAGGGUAAAUCGUCGAAGGAGUCUAAACAUAAAUUCUGGACGUUCGGCAGGAGAGAUCGAAAGAAAAGAUCGAACAGCUUCUCGAUCAAAUCGACCUGGAGUGGACUGUUUGGAAAACGCAAAGAAAAACCAGAAUCGACGGAAAACAGGUCGACAAUUACAACAGUUUCGACCACAUACAAAAGAGAUCCUUAUGACAGACCGACAGCACCUCCGCGUCUGUCCAAGGAUCAGCAAGAGUUUGACGAAGCCUUGGGCACUCUGACGAGGAGAAGAAAAUAUACUUUUGAUAAUAAUACUUCGAGGUACAGUUCUAAUUUAACAGUAAAUGGAGAUCCUGCUAAAAUUAGUGAUGGAAAUCCUCAAAAUACUACAACAUCUAUCAUGAGCGUCGAUCUUACACCAAAGCCACCAGCCAGAAGAUUUGGGCAGGUGAGCCCAAGACCGAUGGAUAAAAUACCACCUUUGGAUUUCGAAGAUAAGCAACCCAAGCAAUAUGGUAAUAUUACUCAUCGCGACAAGCCAGAAGAGGUCCCGAUUCCACCAAUGCGAAGAUUCGGCAAUAGAUCGUCGCAAAGAUUGAAUGGGACUAUGUCGGAUCUCGAGGAAGAUUCAGGCAAUCCAUCCGGUAAUGUUAGUCUGAGAGAUGAGAAUGAAAAUGUACCUGAAGAUUAUGUUUUCAAAAGAUUCAAUCAGGAUGCUGUGAGAAAAUCAAAUUUGUCUAUCAACAGUUGCACAUCCGUUACCAGUACGGCAAGCACGUACGGACGUAAAAAACGGAGAGCACCGCAACCGCCAAAACAAAAAGAGCAAUUGGAUAUUCCUUUGGAGAAUAAUUGCCAAUCUACAACGCAAGAAAAUAAAACGGCAGCUAUAUCAGAAACGAAUAAACUUGAACUCCAAAUAAUCGAGCCGAUCGAUAUCGCCAGGGUCACGGAAACCAUCGAUGAGAUGAUGAAAAAGACUUGCGAAGAAGACCUUUUGAAUGAAAAAUCGCCGCAAAAAGAAGAGAAGCAAACUGAAUUAUCUGUAAAGAUUAUCGAGAAUACGUCACUUGAUGAUGUUACAAAGAACACCAAAAGAAAAGAAACAGGUGAAAUUUCUAAUAACUGUGUGUCCGAAAAAGAAAAGGAAAAAAUAAUACAUAACUCUGAGGAAACAUCAAGGAAAACUGAAUCCCAGACAAAAAUAGAAGAAGAUUCAAAUAAGGAGAAAUCAAAUAUCAAUAAAGAUUCCAUUGAGAAAGAAUCUGUAGAUAUAGAAUAUAAUAGGACGUCUCAGGAAAAGAUCGAGAUCAUCAAGGACGUCGAACAAGAAACCGAUGAGGUUUCUUAGAAAAAAGAUUCAUCCAGCACGUUGUCGCGUAGUGACAGUUUUUCUGUAAAGGAAGAGAUUGAAAAAAUUGAGAGGCAGAUCAAGGCACUGGAAAGCAAAAGAGUAUCUAAAGAACAAGAAAAUAUCGAUGAUAUGUGUGACGAUGAUCCAAUAACGAGUACUAGAUUAUCCAUUCAGACAAAUCGUCGGCAUUUUUUUGAAAAUAUGGUGGAUGGACCAUCUGGUCCAGUUAAGUUGGAAUUCAAGAAAUUGCCAUGUGAACAAAAGGACAUUCAUGUAGUCAGAUUAACGGAUUCACCAAUACCAAUCGCGGCAUCUCGAGACCCGGUGAAAGUGAUCGAACUACAUAUUUCUGAACCGAUCAGACAUAAACCCGAACUCUUGGAGGAAGUAAAUCCCAUACCGAAACCCAGAAGACAUAGUCUAAGAGACACAUUCGAAUCCAAACCAAAGGAUAAAAACUUAAAUGACACUGAUAGGAAAGGGCAAUCUUUUUAAAAUUGUAAAACUUUGUCUUUUGGACUUCCCAGUGAAAUUCUAUCGUGAUUUCUACAUAUAUAAUCGUGUUUAAUUAAGUUGUAAUUUCGAUACAACAAAAAUCUAUGUAUUGCAAAUAAGCUAUUUAAAGGCUGUAUGUACAUUCUACAUUACAUAUCUUUGUUUUCUUGUUAGAUUGCAAUGAUUUGUACUAACGCGUCGAAUAUAUUUUUUCUGCAGAAAGAUUUGCAGCAGAACUCCAGCAUUUCUAUUAUGUUAAGUAAUUAUAUGAUAAUUAUGUUUUCUUUAUUUCUGACAUCGUGAUGUUUUACUGUAAUACUUAGCUAUUAUUUUCAUUAUUUAUUGCAGAAUAAAGCAUAAACUAUCAUUUAAAA